UAUCGCUGUUUUUGGCUUCGCGUCGGGCUCUCCUUUCUUUUCGUGCACGCGCUUUGCCUCGUUCAGAGGGGGCUGGAACUAGGAACGGGGAACAUAUCCCGACGAGAAACAGAUUUCGACACAAGACCGGUAAAUCACCGCAAUGGAAGAGGAGUAAGGGAGGGUGGAGGAUACCGGCCACACAGCUCUGUCUGCAAUCAAUCUGCAUGUGAGCACCGCACGGCGGAGGAGACACACGGCAGGAAGCCAGGAGGCACCACCAUCAGAGGGGCAACAAAGGGACGUAUGGUUCAUCCAAGGCAUCACAUAAAUAAAAGAUAAUCUGAGACACACUGCGUUUCUAGACACGCUUUUCACUGCGCCUGUCCUCACCUCAAAGGAUUUAGAGUGUACUAGUACUAAGCAGUCAUGGAGCUGGAGCACUUUGAUGAACGGGACAAGGCUCAGAGAUACACCCGAAGGGGAUCAAGAGGCAACGGGCUCCCCAGUCCCACUCAUAGCGCUCACUGCAGUCUGUACAGAACCAGGACACUGCAGGCACUCAGCUCAGAAAAGAAGGCCAAGAAGAUUCGUUUCUACCGCAAUGGGGACCGCUACUUCAAAGGGAUUGUGUAUGCCAUUUCUCAGGAGAGAUUUAGGUCUCUUGAAGCACUCCUGGCCGACCUCACAAGGUGUCUGUCAGACAAUGUCAACUUGCCCCAAGGUGUGCGGACCAUAUAUACCAUCGAUGGGUCAACAAGGAUCACCAGCAUGGACCAGCUGGUGGAAGGAGAGAGCUAUGUUUGUGCCUCAAUAGAGCCCUACAAGAAGGUGGACUACACAAAGAAUGUAAAUCCCAACUGGUCUGUUGGUGCUAGGACUCCUGUGUCCGUCCGUGAUCCCUUUUCCCUUGGUAGCGCCAAGGGUGGAUCCCCAGAAGCGAGGGAGAGCAAGGACUUCAUUAGGCCCAAACUGGUAACAAUUGUCCGCAGUGGAGUAAAGCCUCGCAAGGCCGUACGGAUCUUACUCAACAAGAAGACUGCCCACUCCUUUGAGCAAGUCAUGACUGACAUCACUGAUGCCAUUAAGCUGGACUCCGGAGUCGUCAAAAGGCUGUAUACUGUUGACGGCAAGAUGGUCAGCUGCCUUCAGGACUUUUUUGGGGAAGAUGAUAUAUUUAUUGCUUGUGGCCCAGAAAAGUUCCGCUAUCAAGAUGACUUCAAUAUCGAUGAAAGUGAAUGCAGGGUGUCAAAGUCUGCAUCGUAUGGACGUCUCCCCUCAAUACAUGGUCGCUGUUCUCCAAGAGGUGGUGGGAUGUCCCGCAGGAGCAAAUCGCCCUCUUCUCCUGGUUCAGCUAAUGGCACGGCAGGCAGCCAGCUGUCCACACCUCGUUCUGGAAAGUCUCCAAGUCCCUCUCCAACCAGUCCGGCCAGCCUCCGAAGACGACAGGGAUCUCAGUACAGCGGUUCUUCACUCUCAUUGGCUUCUACUAAGGUAUGCAGCUCAAUGGAUGAAGGAGACGGGCCAGGUAGUGAAGUCGAGCUAAUGGACGAGCAUUCCUCGGUUCCAGCCUCCAUAUCGGAGCGGUACAAAGUGGGGAGGACUUUAGGGGAUGGAAACUUUGCCGUGGUCCGUGAGUGUGUGGAGAGAUCCACUGGGAGACAGUAUGCUCUCAAGAUCAUCAGCAAAGACAAAUGCAGGGGAAAGGAGCACAUGAUACAGAGUGAGGUGGCAAUCCUUCGCCGUGUGAAACAUCCCAACAUCGUACUUUUAAUUGAAGAAAUGGACACCCAUAAUGAGCUCUACCUUGUAAUGGAAUUGGUCAAGGGAGGAGAUCUCUUUGAUGCCAUUACCUCUUCCAACAAAUACACGGAGCGAGAUGCCAGCAGUAUGCUGUUCAACCUGGCCAGCGCUAUCAAGUACUUGCACAGCCUCAAUAUCGUGCACAGAGACAUAAAACCAGAAAAUCUGCUGGUGUAUGAGCACAAUGAUGGUACUAAAUCUCUGAAGUUGGGUGACUUUGGCUUGGCUACCAUCGUCAACGGGCCCCUCUAUAAUGUAUGUGGCACGCCCACCUAUGUAGCACCAGAGAUUGUUGCUGAGACUGGAUAUGGCCUCAAGGUUGACAUUUGGGCAGCGGGGGUCAUCACUUACAUUCUGCUGUGUGGUUUUCCUCCUUUUCGUGGAAGCGGUGAUGACCAGGAGGCUCUCUUUGAACAGAUUUUGAAGGGCCAGUUUGAUUUCCCUGCACCGUACUGGGACAAUGUGUCUGACACUGCUAAGGCUCUGAUAACAGGGAUGCUGCAGGUACAGGUGGAUCAAAGAUACACAGCUGUACAAGUGCUUGAUCACCCUUGGGUCAAUGACGACGGUUUGUCGGAGAAUGAUCACCAACUCACUGUGGCUGGAAAAAUCAAGAAGCACUUCAAUCCUGGACCCAAGGCCAACAACACUACAGCAGGAGUGUCAGUAAUUACAACCACGGCACUUGAUAAAGAGAAGCAAGUUCUCAGACGAAGACGCCACCAGGAUGUAAAGCCUGCUCCCCACUUCCCACACAGUUUUGGUGCCAGCGCUUCCCACGGUGCCAACCCUGGCCUCUCCCCCUCUGAGUUCACCUCUGAGUCUGAAGACCUUUCCCCGUGUUCGGCCGGCACAGUCCGUUCACCCACUUCUCCGUUCUAACAGCCUUCCCGAGGUCAUCGCCCAUUAUUCUGUGGAGAAAGUGAGAUGGUGAAGUGCAAAAAGGAAAACACCCAGUCUGCUGACUUGAACUUUGAUGGACUGUAUAAUUACGAUUUUAUUUUCUCUUCCAGUCCAACAUUUAAGUGUCAAAUCCGCUGAUCUGAUUAAGAGACACAUUUGUCUCUAGAUGAGGUGCAGUGAAGUUUGAAGGAGCUUAUCAUGCAUUUGCAGAUAUGUCUCUUUGUUUUGUGCCUAUAAUGGCACAUCUUUGCAUGAUACUCAAGUUUAGAUCUCCUUAUUUAUUUUGUACCAGCCUCUUAUGCAGCCCCUCAGUUCAUCUUCUAUCCUUUUUACUGCUGUGCUCAUUCUUCCCUAGACGGCCCACCUGAAAAGGCUUUUGUUGGUUCCAAAGUACUCAAGUUUUACUAGUUUUCCUCUUCUCUCUAAAUGUCACUUAGUAAAAUAACAUGAUAAUGUGAGUGGACAAGACCACAACCCACUAAACAACCUUAGCAACAAACACAACAACAGACGUCUGUUUGCAGGCUGUGUGCAAAUGAAAUCAAAAGAGGGGCUGUAACCACAUAAAAUAUUGAAAUGACACAACACAGACCGGAUGAUAAGUCACAUUUUUAACAUGGUUUCCUUCCAUAAAAGUCUCCAAACUGUUAACACCUCAUUUCUAGUCACUGAGUCAUUGUAGUACUCUAGAGCCCUCUGCUGGUUUAUAUUGUACACUGCAGGAAAGACAGCCUGCCUCUCUUUAAUGGAAUAAUACAUGCAAAAAAACAAAACAGAAAAUUACAGGAUGUUAUGAUGUGAUGUGUUAAGCACAUAUAAUGUACUGAUUCAAACUCAAAUGAUUAAUGACUCAUUACAAUAGUAACAGUAUCAACUUUGUAUUGCCUGAAAUCUAGAUCACUCUGUGCUGCUACUGGAGGAUUCAAUUGAGAGGACAUGAACAAACAUGCUGCUAAAUAUUAUCUGGACUUAAAAGAAUGUUUUAAUGAGAAUGAUUGUGAUGAUGUCCGGCCACGUAGUAGCUUGAGAAUAUAGGGAACAUAAUUUUUGAUUGUUGAUGGUCUAGCUUGAGAAUGAAACGGUUGUCACAUGUUUGUGAGAGUGGUUGUAACUCGGUGGUGGUGCAGAAGAAUGUCAGUGCUGUGUAGUUGAAGUGAGUGCAUGUUUCAGACCUCACCUUGGCACAUAUGGAUUUAAGUGCAAUCAGGUGUACUGCCCAAUGAGCACAGUAUCAAAUAUGUCCGUUGUAAUUGCUCGCUCGAAUGGGAGUGUAUGCCCGUCUUAUUGGCAGCCACUGACACACUCCUCUGUCAGAUGGGAGUCAACAUGGAUUCUUUUUUACACGCUGGAAGAAGAAACAUGUUAAUGUUGGUAAAGACAACAGUGCUUCCAGUCACAUUCAUUAUUUAAAUAUGCUCAUUCAGCCAGUGCUUUUCUUUUUAAUGAUUGGAUCCAACAACAUGAAUAGGAAGUCUGCCUCUCUAGGCUGUGUGUACUGGGUGUGUCUUCUAAACACUUUGUACUUUGGUUCAUCAGAGGCCAAAUAUCAUGAACGUGAAGGUCCUCUUCCCUUCAUCAGAGACUUUAAUAUGCAUGUGUACUAAUAAGCAUCCCAAAUUAGUUAUUAGUUUAGGUCUCUUACUGUUUGUUUUUCGCCUGUCAGAUAUGAAACCAUUGCUGUUGUCAUAGUCUGUGCUGUCCUGAUGAAUGAAUUUCAUUUAAAGCUUAAAGGCAGACUGUAGUCAAACCACAACAAACUCCUGUAUAUACAUAUUUAAACAGCAAUGUAACUCUGAUGUAAAAGGGCUUUUAUGUUUUCGAUUAGAAGGAAGUGAACCAAAAAGCACAAGGGAAGCAAGUUGUGGCUGUUUCUGUUGUCAUCUUCUGAAAAACAUGCAAUGUAUACACACACACACCCGUUGACAAAAUGCUAUUGAGAUGGUGUGCUGGGAUUCUGUGGAAGCAGAUGGAGAACUUUGAAUGCUGUAUUAUAGUCACCCCAUAUUCCAUUAAUGUAAGGAUGUUAAACAAUCUGAAUGAGAAGAAAAACUGAAAAAAAGAAAAAAAAGAAAAAUCAGUUGUCUUGGUUAAUAAGCAAACUUCCAACAAUGUACUCUGCAAAUAAACCAAACCUGGGAAUAAAACAAUUUCAUUUACGAGUCCAUGGGUAACUCUUUUUGGUACGCUCUAGCAAAUUCAGACAGCAGAUGGCAGUAUGACCAAACAACACGAGCUUAUGUUUUAAACAUCCACCUUCAGUUUCUCAUAGCAUUUACUACACUAUAGUCAUACAUGAGUAAACUCUCAACAAGAAUUCCUCUUUCUUUAGUUUUAUUAAAAACAAGGUUUUAAUGAAAGAAUGGAAGUCACAUUGUACUGUCAUGUUGCUACCUGUGAAAUUGCUUCCAAUAAAGUCAUUAAAAAAACAUGUUUUCA